UAGAUAUUUAUGUUUUUUCAUAUCCAUAUGGCUAAGAUCUUAAAAUGAAGAGAAGGACGUAUUAUUCGAAGCCACGUCGUAAAAAGAAAAAGCGAGUAUUUGAUGCUAAUGAGUAUGCAAUCAAGAAGACCGUGGCGCAAGGGAUGCUCGACAUUGCCCUGUUGGCAUCCAACGCAUCACAACUGAAAUAUGUUCUCCAAUUCGGACCUAUUCACGAAUUCUAUACAUUGCUGAUUGCGUUGAUCACUAUAUCCAUAAUAUUACAGCUCGUUCUGGGCAUGCUGUGCGUGAUAGUCGGCAGUUUGGACGUCAACCGGAACGAGAAUCAACAACCGGCGAGGUUUUACAACAAUAUAAUAGUGUUGUUAAUAUUCAUUAUAUCUAUUAUUAACAUCGUUAUAUCGGCGUUUUCGAUUAAACAUACCACAGGACCUUUGAUUAUGAUGCGGCUUGAAUAUUUACAUAAAAGCGGCAGGGGUGGUUCGGCAUGGAGGCAACGGAAUAGUAAUUAAUAGUAUUUUGUUCAGUCUAAAAAACCUGAUUUAAAUAACAGUUUUCGAUCACG